GCAUCGUAGCUGUUUCUCCUGCAGAACAUCUCCACCACUCGAGCUUGGCUCCAGGGAGAUCCAGACUCUUAGAUCAUCAUGAAUCCCUUCCUGACGGUGUCUCUCUGCUUGUGUGCACUGGCAGUUCUCUCAGAUGGGGUUACGGUCAAGGUGGGAGACUAUUCAUUCCCCUUGGAAUCAGUGAAGAAACUCAAAGAGCUUUCAGCUGAGCCAGCUGCCAGAAGUUCACACAAUGCCAUUAACUUGUGCAACAGCCCGAAGCUGACCGAGGAGUUCCAUUCGAUCUGUGCCAGCCCAAAAUCGGGACCAUUGCUACGAAAAUUAGGAGCCAUUGCCGAAAACAUCGAAAUCUGUGAGAUCUGUGCUAACAUUGCCUGCUCUGGGUGCUGAGGACCAGGACCCUGCUGAGUCUUGAAGAGAUCUGGACUGUCCAUCUCUUCCGUUUCUGCCGCCAGCACUGAAUCUCAACCUACCGAGGAUGCUUUGAUCCCUCAGCCCCUGCUGAUUGCACUGGGCUCUGGGCUUUCGUAGACGUCAGCUUUUAAACAGCAACGGGCACGAUUUGAUUUCCAGCCCCCUGAAGCCGGGGGGAGGGUAGAGAAGGCAGAAGUCCAUUUUCCAAGCUUCCAUCACUUCUCACUGUCAUUAGCAGAGGGCCAAAGUAUGAAUCAAACUCAGUGGCAUGUAACUUUUCAUAGUUCUCUCAUUUUGUUUUGCCUUAAUGAAGCUGCCUUAGAUAACUCUGAUUUCUGCUUCGCUCAGCCAGGUCAUCUCAUGACACUUCACACUGCAACUUCCAACGAUGGCCCAUCUUUACUGUAUUGGCGGGAAGGUGGUUUUAGUAUUCAAUAAUAAACAGUCUUGGGCCAUGGCUCAAUGGUGGGACCUUUGCUUGGCAUGCAGAAGGUCCUAGGUUCAAUUCCAGGCUUCUCCAGGUGAAAGGUUCCGUUAGAAGGUGAUGUGAAAGACCUCUGUUUGAUACCCUUCCAGUCAGAGUAGUUGGUAUUGAGAUGGACCAAUGGUCUGAUUCAAUCUAGAGCAGCUUCAUACGUUCAGUAGUAAGCCUUCUACAAGCAUGAGCCAUUUUGAUGCUCUUGUGUAGAUGCUAAAAGGCAUUUGGGGAACUGCCAAAGCCAGCCUCAAGAGCUAGCAUGGUUGAGCAGUUGACAACAUUGGCAGUCAAGCAUCAGACCCCGUGUAAGUCCUCUACUCUGCCUUCUGCUGCUGUCCUCUGACACAAUGCUUGUACUGGCCUGGCUCAUCUCUCUCUCUCUGGCUGUAGACCUCAUCUCUCUCUGGCCUGACUUGGAGGUCAUUGGCCUUAAGUUCUGGAUGUACAAUAAGCAACACAUCUAAAUAAAUCAUAGCGUUUAAAAAUUCA